GACGCCCUGGACGCCCUGCUCGCCUCUCACACAUCCUCACACACGGACUACGACGCACACAGACUUUGGCGCCCUCGCCGCCCUCGCGCCGCCAAGCUGCCUUCAAGCGAGUCCGUCAUGACUCUACUUUGGGCCAGGGCUCCACCCUUGCUGAUAACAGACUUGGCUCCAUACACUUCUUCCAUGGCCCCUUCGUGUGGGCAUUGUGGGUUCCUGAAUCCCACCCCCAGCUGCCUGUGCGUUUCAUCAACAGCGAACGUCAGGCGGCUCAUACAACCAUUGCCUUGACAAGAAUUAUAUCGUCAAACAUCAAAUCUACACAUAUCAACGCGCCAAUGCAAGUGGGCCCUGUCUCCAUCGUUAACCCACACUGUCUUCUGAGGCUUCCCUGUUGAUCGGUGCUUCUCCCGACUUUAGCCUCCGUGGCCCUCCACCCGUCGCAAAGGUGGCUCCUUGGAAGUCGGGUCGUGCCAUCCAUGCAUUCCUCAUGUCUCCGUCCUUCGGCGACAUGGCAAGAUAUAUUUAUCCCGCUCCAGCCCUGUUCCUGGUUGCGAUCCUUCUUGUUUUGAUUUCUUCUCAACCCAUUUCGACAAAGUCAACAGACAAGCCAGUGACUUGCAAAGACCUGUUCGACAAAGGCAACGACACCUCACAAUGGAAUUUGUACCUCCUGAAUAUGACGAAGCCCAUCCCGAGGGUGGCAACCCCCUUGAGGUUGAUGUCAACGCUCAAUAUGCUGGUUUCGAGUUCCACGCCGCAUAUCUCGCCCUCUGUGCCUAUCUUGUCUGGAUGAUUAUCCCCGGUCUGGCCCUGCUGUACGGUGGUUUGGCGCGCCGCAAGUCGGCUCUGUCCAUGUUGUACCAGGGUUUCGCUGUCAUUGGUGUCAUUACCUUCCAAUGGAUGUUCUGGGGUUACUCCCUCACCUACUCCCCCACUUCCGGCCCUUUCAUUGGUAAUAUGAAAAACUUCGGUCUUCAGGAUGUCACCGCAGCUCCCAUUGGUUUCCUGCCAGAAAUCCUCUUCUGCUUCUACCAAUGCCUCUUCUGCGUCGUUACCGUCAUGAUCGUGGUCGGUGGCGCCUUCGAGCGUGGUCGCGUCAUCCCUGUGCUCUUCUUCAGCUUCUGGUGGGCCACCAUCGUCUACUGCCCUAUUGCAUGCUGGACAUGGAACGCAAGUGGAUGGCUCGCCAACCUCCCCUCUCUCGACUAUGCUGGUGGUGGACCGGUCCACAUUGCCAGUGGUUGCUCCGCCUUGGCCUAUGCCUUGGUUUUGGGAAAGAGAAAGCUCCGCGAAGCACCUCACACCAAACCCCACAACGUUUCCAUGGUCUUCAUCGGCACGGUUAUGAUCUGGUUCGGUUGGUUUGGUUUCAACGGUGGUUCCACUCUCAACUCCACUGUCCGAUCCUUCAUGGCUGCGUGGAACACCAACGUUUCCGCCGGUAUGGGUGUUAUCGGAUGGAGCAUCGUUGAUAUGAUCCGCUACAAGGGCAAAUUGUCCACCAUCGGUGCCUGCGAAGGUGCUAUUGCCGGUCUCGUCGGUAUCACUCCUGCCGCUGGUUACGUUUCCGUCUGGUUCGCUGCCCUCAUCGGUCUUUUGACCGGUAUGGCUUGCUCUUCCCUCAAGAACAUCAACAAGUGGAUCCGCGUCGACGAGGGUAUGGAUGUCUUCAAGCUCCACGGUGUUGGUGGUAUGAUUGGAUCUUUCCUCACCGGUAUCUUCGCCUCGUCCUCGGUUUCCGCCCUUGACGGCGGUACCCUUGCCCCCGGUGGUGUCGAUGGUGUCGGCGCUCAAGUUGCCCGCCAAUUGGCUGAUAUCGCCUCCAUUGCUGGCUACUCCUUCACCGUCUCCUUCAUCUUGUUGUGGAUCAUGAAGUUCAUCGGCAUGUACGUUCCCUUCAUGGCUCUCCGAGUCAGCGAGGAGGCCGAAAUCCGUGGUAUUGACUCCGAGGAGUUCGCCGAGGAGGAAGAAGUCGGUGAUUGGUCCAUGUUUGAGAGCCCCAGCACUGCGACUCAGGGAACCACCGCCGAGUCGAAGCUUGUCUCGACUCCUCCCAGCCCUCCCCCAGGUCUCCAAGAGGAGCAAAAGCCCACCACUGCUUAAGCAGAUCCAACCAGGAGGAAGCGACGGUCAUGUUGCUAGACAGACACAACGUGGCCUGCGUGCCAGAUGCCAUCGCAGUGCGAUGGUAAAUGCCCUAUAGUCCCGGGCACCAGCUUUGGACGUGGAUUUACACACACAUUGAUUCCCCAAAAUACCCACAUUAAUAGUUUAUAAUUUGACAAUCUGC